GGAAGUUUAAAUGUAACGAUUCAUUAAACCAAAGUGAAGCGUUUCUCUACAUCAAAUUGGCUUUGAUAAAACAUUAGGUGGCAACCUGUCUUGUUUGGCAGUCGACUGAGACACGGCGGCGUGAAAAAUAGCAAUGAAGUGGAAAUAACCUUUGCAAUCUUCUGUGUCGUUGUAAUGUUCAUGCAUCGUUUUGUCAGGGCAAAAUGUUUAAAUCGCUCCUGAUUUCUAGUUUAACGUUACUGUUUCCACUUGGACAUGCAUCACUAACGUUACCACUCGUUAUCAAUACGUGGCCAUUCAAGAAUGCAACAGCUGCAGCAUGGAGUGUCCUGCAGUCCGGCGGCUCAGUGUUGGAUGCAGUGGAGAAGGGCUGUGCCCGCUGUGAAAUGGAGCAAUGUGAUGGCAGUGUAGGCUACGGCGGGAGCCCAGAUGAGUUUGGAGAGACCACUCUGGAUGCCAUGAUCAUUAAUGGGGAUACAGUGGAGGUGGGUGCAGUUGCAGACCUGAGAAGAAUCAAGAAUGCCAUUGGAGUAGCGAGAGCUGUGAUGGAGCACACUGAACACACACUGCUAGUAGGAGAGUCAGCAUCCUUGUUUGCUGAAAACAUGGGCUUCGUUGCAGAAGACCUGACUACCAACAAAUCUGUGAAUAUUUUCUCACAGUGGCUGAAGGGCAACUGCCAACCUAAUUAUCGAAAGAAUGUGUUUCCAGAUCCUUCCACAUCCUGUGGACCGUACAAGCCCAAGGGAACAUUCACACAGAACAAGAGCGCAAACCAUGCCAAUGUGCACUCCCAUGACACUAUAGGGAUGAUAGCUCUUGAUAAAGAUGGCCAUGUGGCUGCUGGUACCUCAACCAAUGGACUAACUCACAAAGUUCCAGGCCGUGUCGGGGACUCUCCUAUCAUUGGAGCAGGGGCCUAUGCAGAUAGCUCAGCUGGUGGUGCUGCAGCUACUGGAGAUGGAGAUGUCAUGAUGCGCUUUUUGCCAAGUUACUUGGCCGUGGAGCUGAUGAGGGCCGGGGCAGAUCCCUCGGCAGCCUGCAAGACGGCCAUUUCCAGAAUCAAGAGGCAUUACUCAGACUUUUUUGGAGCCAUCAUCUGUGCUAACACAACAGGCCAUUAUGGUGCGGCCUGUAACAAAGCCCCUGACUUCUCCCAGUUCCACUACAUGGUGUCAAACUCCGAGUCAGACACACCACUCCUGAAAUCUGUGGACUGCUUUUAAAUGGUGUAUGGUUAUCUGCAACUUUUGUAUAUGCUUACAUUAAUUAACAGUCUCCAUACUGUAUUUUUGAUUUUUAGUUUUAAUUCUUAAUAAAAAUUAAAAAAAAAAAAAA